CUUUUCCCUUGAGCUCCUAGUCUGAAUGCUCGGAGGAGGUUGUCUUCCUGCGAAUCAUUUAAGUCUCUUCGCCUGAGAUUCGAUUCACAUGGCGUCCCAGCUACACUUCCGACAAGUAAUAAUUCAUCGUCCGUCAACGGAGUUCCAACGGUCGCAUUCUUACUCCCGCCAAAACCUUCACGCUGUCUCAACGGCAAGCAGCUCAAUUCCUGAACAACUAUCUCUCUCAUCAUCCUCAUCAAGAAGCUCACUGUCCCUUAAUAAAAGCCAAACCUUCCUCUCUCCUCGGUGGUUACCGGAAAACCCAAGCAGGAUCCGAGCAGUAGGGGUUGUUAGAUCACAGUUGAGUUUCCCUCUCAUUUCUCCCAAUGAUCAGUGGGGCACUUGGACUGCUCUCUUCGCCACCGGCGCUUUUGGUAUCUGGUCAGAGAAAACAAAAAUUGGAAGUACAUUAAGUGGUGCUCUUGUGAGCACUUUGGUGGGGCUUGCAGCUAGUAAUUUGGGAAUUAUUUCCUGUGAAGCUAAAGCUUAUGCAAUUGUGUUGGAGUUCCUACUUCCAUUAGCUGUUCCGUUGUUGUUGUUUAGAGCAGAUAUGCGUCGAGUGAUUCAGUCAACUGGGACACUACUCCAAGCUUUCUUACUGGGAUCAGUUGCAACAACAAUUGGAACAGCAGUGGCAUAUCUGAUAGUGCCCAUGCAGUCUCUUGGUGCAGAUAGUUGGAAAAUGGCAGCUGCCCUUAUGGGUAGGCAUAUUGGUGGAGCUGUCAAUUAUGUUGCCAUUUCUGAUGCCCUUGGUGUUUCUCCAUCAGUUUUAGCGGCUGGACUAGCUGCAGAUAAUUUUAUCUGUGCAGUUUAUUUUACAACACUUUUUGCAUUAGCAUCUAAGAUUCCUGCUGAGACUUCAACAAACACAGAUGUGGCAAUGGAUAAGGGGUCUGAUUCUGGUGGCAAACUUCCUGUGCUGGAAAUGGGUACUGCACUUGCUGUAUCCUUUACUAUAUGCAAAGCUGCCAUUAUUCUCACAAAAUCUUUUGGCAUUCCGGGUGGUAGCUUACCAGCAAUUACAGCAAUUGUUGUCAUUCUAGCAACUGCAUUUCCGACUCAAUUUAAUCAUCUUGCACCUGCUGGUGAGGCUAUGGCUCUAAUUCUCAUGCAGGUAUUUUUCACGGUGGUGGGUGCAAGUGGAAACAUAUGGAAUGUCAUCGGUACAGCACCCAGUAUUUUCAUGUUUGCUCUAGUUCAGAUUGCUGUCCAUCUUGCUGUCAUACUUGGAUUGGGCAAGCUAUUUGGCUUUGAGCAAAGGCUCUUGCUUCUGGCAUCAAAUGCUAAUGUUGGAGGCCCAACCACAGCAUGCGGCAUGGCCACUGCAAAACGGUGGAGCUCUCUGGUGGUUCCCGGUAUCCUUGCAGGUAUUUUUGGAAUCGCCAUUGCAACUUUUCUAGGCAUUGCUUUUGGAGUCAAAGUUCUGCAAUUCAUGUGUAAGUAAAACUGCAAAUUCUGUAUUCUAGAAUUCAGCUCAUCUGCAACUUUUGACUCAAUUCAAUUCAAUUCAGCAAUCUCAAUAAUUGAGAAUAUUGUUU